CACGUGACGGCGGGAAGGGCAGGAGGGGGGCAGCGACCGUUCUGCGGAAAGGCCUGGCCCCAGCGUGGCUGCGUUCUGCACGUGCUCAGAGGCCGUUCCCAUGCACGUGCUCCGCUCAUGCUGCCGCUCGUGGUCUCUGCACACGCGGCGCUGGGAGAGCGACAAGGGACGGGCGCGUUGAUGACGCGAUGACGGCGGUCGAAGGAAGGGCGGAAGGAGCGCACGCGAAAGGGGCAGAGCGCAGGUGGCGAGGGGACGUCUGGAUGUCCUGACGCGUGAGACGUCCGUGUACGAGGGGGGCGCCGAGGCCCCUCCCUCCCUCCCUCCGCCCGGGCGUCUGUGGACCCCCUUGCCACGGGGCCGUCCCGAGGGAGCCACGGCGCGCGUCCCCGGGGGGCUCCGUCGACGCGCGCGGCCAUGCUGGUGCCCCACGGCUGCGUGGUGGACCCGGACUGGCACAAGAGCCCGGAGGCCGAGCGGUACUUGGGCGCGGCCCUGCGGCGGAACCAGCGCGGGCCCUGGGGGCUGCUCGAGAGGCCGGUGCUCUCUCCACAAGAAGCGGCCGAUGUCGUCAGCUAUAAGGUCUUUGUGUCAGGUCGAAGUGCUGUGGGCAAGACAGCCUUGGUGGCCUCUCUGGGCGGCCUGCAGGUGCCCUCAGCACACCACGAAACAACAGGGAUCCAGACGACGAGUGUCUAUUGGCCAGCCAAGCUGCGUGAGAGCGGCAGGCCCCUUUUCUUCAAGUUCACCUUCUGGGACUGCGGAGGGUCCGUGGUGAAGAAGUUUGAUCACAUCCUGCCGGUAAGCGAGGGUGCAGUGGGCCUGCUGGGGCCAGGCAGAGGCUCCCAGCUGCACAGGGAGGAGACCGGAGUGAGGGGCCUGUCCCACGAGGGACCCGUUUUGCCUUCCAACUCCCAGGCUUGCAUCGAAAAAGUGGACGGCUUCCUCCUCCUGUUCUCCUUCACGGACCGUGCCUCUUUUGAUGACUUGCCAAGCCAGAUCUCUCGUGUGGCUGAGGGAGCCAAGAAUGCUGUCAGAAUAGUCAUUGGCACUAAGUUUGACCAAUUUGCACACACUGACGUCACAGAGCACGACGUGGCUGCGUUCCAUCGCAGUUGGGGCCUGCCGGUAUUGCGGGCAAAGAGCAUCAACGCCCCAGGCAGCCAUGCUGGACUGUCGAACGUGGCCCACCUCCUAAAUGGGCUGGCUGAGCACCUCUGGCGGCAGGACCAGCAGGCAGCGGGCCUUCUCCCCCCAAGCGCUAGCCCCAAAGACUCUGCUGCCGGAGCAGGCGGAACAGCCCACCAUGCCUAGAAUAGCCAUUGGGAAGUUCUGAUGGGCUUGCCUGAGCCUGGGAAGGGUUGCCAUGGUGACCUCCAUCAAGUGCGCUCACCUGACACCAGACUGGAGAGACAGGUUUCCAUGCUCUCUGUGGUACAUCGGGCAUCACCCGUAGGCUGGGAUUGAACAGAGCAAGUCCCACCUUGGUCUCGGCCUGAUGUCAGGGCCUGAUGACUGGGACUCCUUUUCAAGAGGUCACGCUUGGGAGGAGGUGUUCUCCCACUGCCCCCUCCCAUCCCCCGGACAGGGAGCCAAGGGCCAGCCUCCUGCCAUCGUGCUGGAAAGGGGAUGUGAUGCUUUCCAUCGAGAUGUGUGUAUGGAGGGUUGGGGGGUGUUUGACCAUACCUGUAAAUGUUAUGCCCCUACUCAGAAAGAAUAUAUUGCAGAAGGAUGUGUGUUCUCGAACCCCAUUAAUUGCACCUUUAUUGUUGGACUAGUCUGUGGCUGGCAGGCCUCUGUUCUGGCUGGGACACCCCCCCCCCCCAGCAGGCGGGGGCUACAAGAGCGUCAUUCCUGAUUGGGGAAGCCUCACAGGAGGACAGCUGCUUCCUGCCUACUGAGUGCACCGUGGGGUUGGAGAGGGGCUCACAAGCUGCAGCUUUUGCAGAGUUGGUUUCAACCCCCCAGCCGAGACAAUUGCCCGGGAGAGAGAGGAGGCAGACUGGCCCCAUUCCAAGAAGAAGAGUUGGGUUUUAUAUGCUGCUUUCUCUACCUUCAGGAGUCUCAAAGCUGUUUACAAUCACCAACUGCUCCUCUUCCCACGGGAGGGGGGGGGGGGGCUGCAAGAAUCCCAAGAGGACUGUGACUGUCCCAUGUGAAGGAGCAGGGAAUCAAACCCAGUUCUCUUGAUCAGAAUCUGCUGCUUUUAACCACGACACCAGGCUGCUCUGAGAAAUCACCGAAGCUCACACGUCUGGUUUUUUUUCAGAGCAGUUAUCAACAAGAUGGGACAUCUAGUAAGUAAUAUGACAGGCUUAGGAAUCAGGAAAUCUGAGACAAAGAACACGUGUUAACAUGACAUGAUAAAUGCUGCAGAAACUACACUGUAGUUUGAUAAUCCUUAGUCCUUUAUUAUUGAAUGGUUCCAUUAUAAUACAAUAAAGACCUUCUGAAUAAU